UUUAGAGAAUUCCGACAUUUAUCACUUUUCUCAAUACAGUGUGAUAAAAAGCACAACUAAUGUGCUAUAAUAAAUCUUCAUGAUGAAGUGGUUGAGCCGCGGUUAUGCUCUUUCAACCACACAAAACCACACGCACACACAUCGCUACCGCCAGUCCAUAGCAGGUGGCAACUUGACCGUAUGUCCGUGACCGUGGGUGUGUUGAAGGAUGUUUCACUCUAAACUGUAAAAGAAACGAAUACAAAAAAACCAGCCCGUCUUUCAUAACAUUCCCAGCACAGCAUGGGUGGAAAUGGGUUUGGAAUUUCCCCAGGGUGCAGAGGUUUGUUUUUUUUUUUUUUGUGGGACGUGUGGAACACAUCAGCCAGCCAGCCAGCUAAAGGGCAGGUCAGUAAAGCGUGCACUCCGAGUGAAAGCAGACGGCAAUUUAUCGGUGGAAAGAGCGCUUCACUUUUCACACGCGAAACCAAAUUCGUUGCAUAGAGGAGUGUAACCCCUCGCGAGUAUUAGUUGUGAGCAGCAUAUCGGCAGUGUUGCACUGAUCGUGAUUGCCCUUUCGCGAUCGCGUUUAAGCCACAGAGCUGUGUGCGUGCAUCUUGAUAUCGAGGCAGCAAACACUUCGGUCGGCCGAGUUUUCCGAGCGGUAGUGGGGCAAUAGUGCAAUCAAGCUAGGGAACAAACUAUCAUCAUAGGAGCACGUGAGUUUGCGAAUUCACUCUCGCAAACGAUCGCCAGGUUCCUCGCUGCUGUGUGCCGUGAAUGUACUCCGUCAUCAUCAUCAUCAUCAUCAUCAGGUCGAUUCGCGUCCACUGACUUCUCAUGUAGCAUAAAGCGGGCACAAACAGCCAGCCAGACACAUGAUAUUCUAUUCUUUGGGUUCGGUUACCGUUGGGGUGAUUGAGGGUUCAGUAUGUUAGUUGGUUAGUUGGCGUAGUUCGUUCGGGGUUGCUCUAGCGACGCGACAUCGUCAGUCACACAGUGGGCCGUGCGUGCUCGUUGCCAAAUAAGCGCACUAGGGACGACAACAACAACAGAGACUUGAAAUUUGACCCUUUUUUGUAUCAACUAGACUAAAGAACUGAAGGUGAAAACGGUUGCAAAGAUUUUAAAUGCACUUUGCAAGAUUGCAUCAAGCUUCUCCGGAACACGGCACGUGCGGUGAUUGUGACGCGUUGUGGUAGAGCGCAGCUCGAGCCGCAGUUUGGUCUGUGUGUGAGCAGCGCAAUCGGUGUGAGAAAAUCUAGUGUGCUGCGGGGCGCUCUCGCGCGAAAUUCAAAUACCGACACUUUUUGCUCCUGCGCUCGAGAGCGCGCGAUCUCAUCGCGCGCGCACCCGCCUUGGCCGGCGAAACAACAAUGCAUUUACAUCCGAGCUGCUCACAAUCGAACCUCUGCCUGAACUCGCCACUCUAUCGCAACUUCAACCAUCCGGCCACGGCGACACCGGCCACAGCGCUCAGGGUUAGUCCACAGCCGGUACCGAAGGUACGUACCAGUCGGUCGCACUCGUCGUCGUCCGCGCUCGGUGGCGGCGGUGGUUUCGGCGGUGCAUCCGGCGUUGGAGACUUCUGGACCGGUGGCAGUGCGCAUCCGAACAGCUGCAGUGUCAACACGGGACUGCUCAGUGGUCUCGGUGCAGCGGGCGCCAGCUUUCACGGGGGCGCUGCGUCAUCACUCUUCGCCCAGGAAGCGUUUCGACGAUCCAACCUAAGCACAAUGUCACAAACCGGCGAUGAUCUGCACACACCCAACUACCUGUCCUGGCGAAAGCUACAGCUGAGCCGUGCGAAACUAAAAGCUUCCAGUAAAACAUCUGCCCUGCUGUCUGGAUUUGCCAUGGUCGCUAUGGUAGAGGUGCAGCUGGAUGAAAAUACCAAAGUGCCAUCGGCAAUGCUGAUAGCGUUCGCCGUGUGCACCACGCUCCUGGUGGCGGUGCACAUGCUGGCGCUCAUGAUCAGCACCUGCAUCUUGCCCAACAUCGAGACGGUGUGCAACCUGCACAGCAUCUCGCUCGUACACGAAUCGCCCCACGAGCGGCUGCACUGGUACAUCGAGACGGCGUGGGCCUUCUCUACCCUGCUCGGCCUAAUCCUCUUUCUGCUCGAGAUCGCCAUCCUGUGUUGGGUGAAGUUUUACGAUCUCAACACGACGGCCGCCUGGUCGGCCUGCAUAGUGCUCAUUCCAGUGCUGGUGAUCUUCGUGGCGUUCGCGCUCCACUUUUACCGCUCGCUGAUGAUGCACAAGUACGAGGUGACCGUGUCCGGCAUUCGGGAGUUGGAGAUACUCAAGGAGCAGAUGGAGCAGGACCAUUUCGAUCAGCAGCAGCACCAUCACGGGAUACUGCACCCGUCCGGGCUGCAGAUCGUGUGAUGCAUAGCCAUCGACUUCCAUCACCACUUUUAUAUUUUUACAAAUUACACCAACUGUGAUUUCAUGCUUCAACAUAAACCUUAAUUGUGAACCUCGAUUGGAUAGGAUCUGGUUUGUUUGUUUGAUUUUUUGUUUGUCUCUAUUCCUUUCCUCUAACUGUUUCCUUUGUAGUAGGUCCCUCAUUCCCACAGUACCUCCCUAUCCGCGAUAGCUUCUAGUGAUGAGAAAUUAUGUCUAGCUAGUGUAAUAAUCGAUUUAUUUUAUCCUUCCCUUUCGCACCCAACAUAACUGUAUCACACACAAAAAAGACAUCGAGUAGAGGAGAGAGAAAAACUAUUGUUACUUACCCUUUAACGAUCACGUGUAGACAACUAAUUUAAUUGCUAACGAGAAAUGUAUGACGAGCAUGUGAACCGUUGCCAGACAGAUUUAUGCAAAUAAAUCACAAAUUAUAAUCGAAUUGAUCGUGCGAUUGAAGCAAUUGUUAUGCUUCAAUACAGUUAAGCAUUAUUGAACGAAGAAAAGAAAUGCGUUAGUUGAUUGAAGCGACAACACAGACGAUUGUAUUCACAUCAACAUUCCCGACGUGAUGCAGAAAAUAAAGUGAAUGAAAUCGUA